GAGGGGGACGCUGUCCAGCGUUACGGAGCCAUGGAGCCACCAGAGGACGGUCGUACCUUUGUGGAGGUGAUGACCGAAAAGUACAGCCCGGAGAACUUCCCGUUACGCAGAGGGCCCGGUAUGGGAGUGGUGGUGGUUCCCACUGCAGGUUCUCAAGGCUCCCCUAUGAAAGACCGUCUCAACCUGCCCAGUAUUUUGGUGUUGAACAGCUGUGGGAUCAGCCGGGCAGGAGAGCAGGCUGAGAUCGCUGCUUUCUGUGCCCAUGUCAUGGAGCUGGACCUGUCUCACAACAAGCUGCAGGACUGGCAUGAGAUCAGUAAAAUUGUGUCCAACAUCCCCAACCUGGAGUUUCUGAACCUGAGCUCUAACCCGCUGGCAGGAAACACCCUCGAGCCGCGCUGUGCUGAGGGUUUUUCCCGGGUCCGACGGCUCGUCCUCAACAACACUCAGGUGUCCUGGGAGACCGUGCUGCUGCUCACAAGGGAGAUAACUGAGUAA